AUGUCGCAGGUCUUCGCCCCUCUAGACCUCUCUCUUUUGGCUCUCAUGGGCCUUUCAAUCACCUCGCUCCGUCGCCAACUCCGUUUCGCAAUAUAUACAGACGCAACCCGCAACGGUCCAUCUGAACACCAACGCCUCAACCCGCAUCGACUGCACGUCGAUCUCAUCAUCUCCAGGAAGCAGGAAGCAAAGAUGAAGGUCACGCCUCAAAUCCUCCUCGCGCUGACGCUUGCCAUCCGCCCUAUCGCCGCCGGUCUCGGAGCAGGAGGGUAUUGCGAUAUAUUGAACGCAUGCGACAAAGGCUUGGAGUGUACCUACGACCGCGGACGGCUGAGGUGCCACACUCCCUGCAAACCUUACAAUGGCGGUUGGUGCCCUAGAGGCUCGACGUGCUACGCCAACAGCGACUAUAGCGAAGGGCUCUGUCUGUAUUGCAGGAAACACGGUGUAUGCAUUGCAGUGGCAAGGGCGGGAGUUGUCUGA